AUGCGCAUAUCACAAGCCAUCAAAGUGGCAGCCAUCGCGGCACCCGUCGCUUUGCUAGCUGCUGCCUCUGCCAACGCCGCCUCGGACGCGUGUAUCAGCCUUCAGGGCAGUACCAUGUGCCCUUCCUUCCAGAACAACUUCAUCAAGCCAAGUAACCUCUCCUCCGAAUUCAGCUUCUUUGACACUGUUACCGACGUCGCUUCCUUCGACUCUCUUUUCCAGCAAAACGGCUACUACAACGACAAGAUCCAGGACGGUCUCGGAUGCAACACCACCCUCGCCCAGAACGUUACCAUUCAAUGGCAACAGACCGUCUUCUGCUCCCAGUUCUCUCAAGUUUCUUUCGAGUCCGGCUGCACUGCGGAAACCCCACCCACCCUCGUCUGCCAGGAAACCUGCAACCAGUUCGCCUCGUCUGAGGAAGACAUUGUUGACAACACCGCCUACUGUCGAUCCACCGAACAGCUCAACCCAUUCCAGCGAAGCGUUCGUUCCGAUACUCUCUCCAACGACUACUACACCUGCACCGACUACAGCUCCCUCGCCACUACCAACGUCAACUCGUGUGUCUCUGGUAUCGAGAACGAAGGCAGCUGUGGUUUCGGUUACUCCAUCGACCAACUCUGUGCCUUUUGCGACCCUGCAGGCGGCGUCACUCCUCCUCCUUGCUGUUACGAGGCCCGAUCCAACCUUUCGCAGUGCUCCCAGUGGGGCCACCCUCUUGCUGCCACCAUUCGACCUACUACCACUGUUGCCACUAACGUUCCCGGUGCUGCUCAGUCCAUUGCCGCCGGUGCUAACGGAUCUGCCACUGUGACCAACGGUGCUGCCUCGCCCACUGGCACUGGCACUGGCACUGGCGCUGGUGCUUCUUCCACUUUGGGCAGCAACAGCAACGGUGGCGUCUCUGGCGCCAACAUGGCUCCUGAUGGUCAGCAGAUUGUCAGUGCCGACGACAAGGUCUUCAGCACUGGUCAGCUUGCCGGUAUCAUCGUCGGAUGCUGUGUUGGUGCUGCCAUCCUUGGUGCCCUCCUUGCUCUGUGCCUCUUCCGCCGACGUGGCGAGAAGACUGACACCGAGAAGAACACUGUCUACGGUGAUCCUGCCAACGAGAGCCACGUCGAACGUCCCUGGAUCCAGAGCGAAGAGGCUAUGGUCAAGUCUCCCGCACUCGGUCGCCCCUCUACCGAUGCCAAGUUCGCCAACGCAGCCGGUGUCGGUGCUCUUACCGGUGCUGCUGCUGUCGCUGCUACCAAGAGUCGUGACUCGGCUGACGAGCGUCCCAACAGUGCUAUGAGCGGCGAGACCGGUACUGACGGUCGUGGAACCACCAUCCCUGCUGUCAAGGACCAGUACUCUUCGCACGACAUCUGCGCCGGUGAGACCGUCGUUGCUAUCUACCCUUACAACGCUACUCUCAACGACGAGAUCACUCUUCAGCCAGAUGAUGUCGUCACUGUUCAGCGUCUGUACGAUGAUGGAUGGGCACUCGGUCGAACUGAGUCCGGUAGCGAAGGUGCUUUCCCAUUGGUCUGUGUCACUUCGACCAAGGGUGGCACUUCGGGAUCGGGCGAGAACCUUGGCAGCUCGACCAGUGGAGGUGUCACAAGUGGGAAUGAGGGUAAUGUUGCUUCGUCAGUAAAUGGCGCUGUUACUGCGGAAGAAGGUGACUUUACAUCAGAUGCUCCUAGUCGUCACUAA